UCAUUCGGAACAACAUUGAAAGUUGUGUUGCGAAUAUGAUCUAAGAAAAAAAGUGUAAUUUUAUUCAAAUUCACGUGAAAAUCUGAAAUAUCUCUGAAUUUGUCGGUGUUUCUCAGGGAAAGGAACGAUCAAAAAUGAAUUUUCUAAAGCGUGCCGUUUCGAUUAGCGGUUUGAUUGCAAAUCAAACGGUAAAAUCGCUUCAUCAGAAUGUCCGUGCGAUGUCUUCAACAUUGGUGGCUCCAGGUGUGGAGCGAAAAUUCGUUCCAUUGAAUGAAAUCAAGCCACUUACAUCUGUGCGCAUCGAAGAGUAUUUGAAGUCACUGAAACCUGAGGAGUUGCCCGGUGAACAGAGAUUGCAACGAAUGCACGACAAACCAUUCAUAAAAUGCUAUAAAAAGCGGCGGCCAGUAUUCGAUGGCAAGCCAUUUGCUAAGGGUGUUGUGCUGCGAACAUUGAUCAAGAAACCACGUAAACCAAAUUCGGCCAAUCGUAAAUGUGUGCUGCUUAGACUGUCGACCGGUAAAGAGAUGACAGCCUAUGUGCCCGGUGAAGGACACAAUCUACAGGAACACAACGUUGUACUUGCCAAAAUCGCCCGAUUGCGAGACACACCCGGUGUCAAAAUCAAGUGUAUUCGAGGCGCCUACGAUUUACCGCAUGUCGUCAAGCGACGUGAUUAGAUAAUCAUAAAAGAAAGCUAUAGUUAUGUAUCAUCGUGAUGAUGUAGCUGAGUUUUUAAGUAAAAAUUGUUUAAAUUUGAGAUAAAAUUAAAAAAAAAACACAAGCAAUUA